AUGUUACCAGGCCCGGGAGCCCUCGGUCAUCCUACUCCCAAGUUCCAACCGGAGUUGGCAAAAGUGGGACGAGCCAUGAGCAUCACGACCCGUUACGAUGGCGCUGGGGACGCGAUGAUGUGGACGAACUGGACCGGCUUGAGUUCAUCAAGCACCGCGACUACAUCCUUGAACGUCUCGCCCACCAUCCUCCGCCCAUCAAGGGAAAAAAGAUAG